UGUGCGUUUAGAUCGUGAAUUUUCUUUCCUGAAAUCUGCGGAAAUGGGAGUGGACAGAGAGGAGAGGAGGAGGAGAAUAAUGGAACGAGGUUCGGAUCGUUUGGCUAUGAUCACUGGCCAGUUGCAUAACCUUGAUCCUUCAUCUCCGUCAUCAUCAUCGUGGGCUUCUCAUCAGCGUGCGUACAGUGAAUCGUUCAUGCCGCAGAUGUCAUCUGAUGAUCAUCUGACUCCAGAAAUCUUAGCUCCCAGUUAUCAAAUCCAGGAGGAAAAGACAGCAAGAGAAGAAGCAAAACUGUCAUCGUCUCGUCCAUUUCCACGGAAACCCGCAAAACCUGCAGAGCCAACAAGACCAGAAACAAGACAAAGGCCUCGGACAGGUUUCUUCAGCUCCAAGAAACUAAACUCGAGCAUCAUAAACUCGGAAAGAACCCGCAGUCUGAGCUCUCUCAUCAUAGCUUCGCUCGUCGUGUUACUGCCAAGGCUACGUAUCGUGAGUUCGGACAGCAUCUCAGCCAUGAGACCACUCUACGUGCUGUUGCUCACAGACUGUGCGAUAGUUCUGAACCAUCUGUUAAUGGAAGGUUCCAAAGGGUCGGGGCGGGAGACGGGAGAAGGCGGAGAAGAUGGUUCCGGAAGCGGGGGAGGGGAAACGUGGGAAGGAGCGGAGAAGCUUCUAGAGAGAAGUCUGGUAGUGUACCAAGCUUUCCGUGGAGUGUUCAUAGAUUGCAGUCUUUACAUGGUUGUUGUCAUUUGUGGUCUCUCUAUUCUCUAG